AUGAUUCGACGUAGUGAUACAACAGCUGAAGAUAUUGAUAUUGCAAUGAAAUUAGGCGAUGAUUAUCCCAUGGGACCAAUUGAAUUAAUGAAUUAUAUAGGUUUAGAUACAUCUAAAUUUAUUACUGAUGGAUAUGGCAAAAAAUAUUAUUAUGAUGAACCAACAUUUCAAACAUAUAGUGUAAUAAAUAAACUUGUUUCUGAAGGAAAACUUAGUAGAAAAAUAGAUGUUAGUUUUUAA